AUGGCUAGAAAGAAUCCAAAGAAGGCUGUACCUCAAGAGGACUUUGGCUUGAAUGAAGUCGAUUCGCUUCAUGCUAAUCAAGAUAAGAUUUUGUUGAAUGCAGCUGGUGAAUAUGGCUUAAGACAUAUGGAAAAUGAUUCUUCUGAGGAAGAAGUCUUGAACAUUAAAGAAAUGGAUUUUGAUGAUAAUUCAGACGAAGAAAUAGCAAGUGAAGAUAAAAGCUUAGUUGGGAGCGAGAAAGAAGCAGAUGAAGAUGAAGAUGAAGAAGGGUGGGGUGCUAGACAAAAUUACUAUGGAGGGGAAGAUGACAGCGACGAUGAAGACAUUAAGCAGAUGACAGAAGAAGCUAUUCGUCAACAAAAGAAGCAUCUUCAAGAGUUGGCCUUGGAUGACUAUGUGGAUGAUGAUCUUGUAGAGAAAUGGCAGAAGACAGGAAAUACUUACGAUGAAAAAGCAAGUGCCCCACAGAAGAUCUUUGAAAUUAAUAAGUCAAGUGGACUAGAGAAUUUAGAUGACAGUGAAAGACUAAAUAUUUUGAAUUCGUGCUUCCCUGAAUUUUCACCUUUGUUGGAGGAAUUGAAUGAACUUAUGCCAAUCUUAGAGAACUUGAAAAAGGGGGAAAAGAAUCGCCUGUACAAAAUUAAAAGCGAUGCUUUGUCUGCAUAUUUAGGGGCAGUAACAGGAUAUUUUUCCAUAUUCGUUGAAAGACUCAAUUCUGUUGAGAGUUUUACGUCGAUGAAAGGUGAGCCUAUAAUGGAGGCAAUACUUAGCUCUAGGGAAGUUUGGAGACAAGCGGAGGAAUUAUCCGAAUCUCCCAGUAAAAAUAAAUUCGCAUCAGAACAUAAUCAAGACAUAGAGGAACAUACUUACGAAUUAAAGCAGACUUCUCUAAGUGAUCUGAGCGAAAGUGAGCAUGAUUUGGAGGAUUCUGAUGGGGAGAUUGGGGCUACUAUAAAAAAUAAUGAGUUUAAUAUUGAUAUCAACUCUAAACGUGAACUCAAACGAAGAAAUCAAACUGUUCCGGAAGACGACUAUACCGAAGUUGCAGCUCCUGAAGAUGUAGAUAUGGAAGAGAAGCAACGCAGAAAACGCACGUUGCGAUUUUAUACCUCAAAAAUCGACCAAGCUGCUUCCAAAAAUAAAGAUCGCUAUUCUGGAGACACAGAUCUCCCUUACAGAGAAAGGUUAUUUGAAAGACAACAAAAAUUGAUUGAAGAUGCUAGAAAGAGGGGCUUAGGAGAGGAUCCGGCUAGUAGAGGUCAGGAUAUUGAUAGCUUGUCGGAUAACUCUGACCAUUUGUCUGAGGGUGAUAGAAAUAGUCAAAAUACCUACGAGGCAAUCAGAAAACAAAAAGAUGAGAAGAAAAAAUCUCGUCAAGAUGCCCAUGUAGCUGCAGCUAGGGCCCUCAAAGAAGGAAAGUUGGAAGAGUUAAGAGAGGUGGUGGGCGAAGAUGGUAAGAGGGCAAUUAAUUACCAAAUUCUCAAGAACAAAGGUCUUACGCCUCAUAGGAAAAAGGAAAAUAGAAAUUCAAGGGUGAAAAAGAGAAAUAAGUAUGAAAAAGCUCAAAAGAAACUUAAAUCUGUCAGACAGGUAUAUGAUGCUAGCAAAAAUGGUCCUUAUGAAGGUGAAAAGACUGGUAUUAAGAAAGGUUUGUCGAGAUCCGUUAGAUUGGUAUAG